AUAAAGGGUCAGUUAACAUGUAUUACAUCAACUGAAUAUUUUAAGAUUUUAAUUGCCAACAAAUGUUUUUUUAGACAGUACAUGUAUUGAUGAUUGCGAUGUUAAGAUACAGCACCUUAGUUCCUUCAAAAAAUAUGUAGGCUACAUAACAAGGAAAAACUGGUAAAAGCUGAGAACAUGUCUGUGUAUUUUCAAUUGUAUUCGUUUAAUUAGGCCAAUUUUCUUACAUUCUUCCUGAUAGAAUAAAUGAAAUGCCUCUUUGUAUCUAUUGUGUGAAUGGAGACGCUGUCGUGCGUACAGAGGACCUAACCCUUUGAACGCCACUGUAACCAGGGGAACUAAGGGAACUCUCGCGAGAUGAUUGUUCCCCGACGAGAGGGGUCGACGCGAGGAAAAGUGGAAAAAUCGAAUGAUUGAUACGUUUGCGAAAGCGGCUAGCUAGCUAUGUUUCGGUCGCUGCUCGCCAAGUAUUACAGUGCAACGUAUCAGAACCGCAGGAUUUCGAUUCACAGCUUGCAUUUCCCUCCUACGCGUGAGGCAUAAGGCGGACACACAGCGCGCGCGCGUGUUUGUGUGUGUGUAUGUGUGUGUGUGUGUGUGUGGGGGGGGGGGUAAUAAUACGGUUUUAUGUUCGCUAAGCUAAUUCUGGCUAGCUUUGUUUACAUCGAGUGCGCGCCUGGGAUACGUUAGCUGGGCGCUAACCAGACGAAUGUGUGCUACUGGGAGCGGCUCUUCGUCCAGUUAGGCGUCGACAGGGAGCCGGCGUGGGGUAGCGAACGGGCUCUAUGGCCAACAUCGACCACCUCUCGGUGAAAUCGUUUGGCUGAUGUCGUAAGCUAACGCUAGCUGCGCGAUGAUGCUAACAUUUUGAUCAUGGGUCGUUUGAUUCACUGUUAGCUGUCAGACAGCGUCUGCUGAGGGAGAAUGUGAGUAAUUAUAACCACGGGGUCUGACUGGUCCUAAUUAAACGGGAACUUGAAUUGUGAUCGGAAAGCUUCUCGUUUGGCGGACUAGCAGGGACCAGGCGAUGCUAACUGUAGCUAACGUUAGCCGCCUGCAGAGCUAGCUAGUUGCGUUUAUUGAGAAACCGCUUCGGCAUAAUUCGUCGUCUGUUAUCUACAUAUAUUCAUGUGCCUGCACUGACGCACUGGAGCGGCUGUGUGUUGCUCCACCAGAGCACCUUGUGUUCUCCUCUAGCCAACCCCCGAGACUUGGCUUAUCUUUUUAGCUCUGUUGCAGUGAAGUGGCUGGAUAUAUAUAGACAUAUUUUUUUCCGGGCCUCCAGUCCCCCUCCCACACCCCCACCCCGGAGUCUGCGGAGUGCUCUGCUAUGAACCCCGUAAAUGCGACCGCUCUGUACGUGUCCGCCAGCCGGGCCGUGCUGCAGUGUGACCCGCGGCAGCCUCACACCUUCACGGAGAUGUACAAGCUGCUGCCGUUCUUCCGACAGUCCAUUGCGUGCCUCGUCUGUGGUAAACUGCUCCAGGAUCCCAUUUCCCCGACGCAUGCAGAGUGUCAGCAUUAUGUCUGCUUGGGCUGCAAAGGCCAGAAGAUGCAGCUCAGGCCGCCGUGCAGCCGCUGUAAGGAUUACUCCGGCUUCCAGGAGAACAAACAGCUCUCUUUGCUGGUGCAGUGCUACAGGAAGCUCUGUCUCUAUGUCACUCAUUCGCCGUGGCUGCAGUCGAUCAGCAGCCAUGUGGGAGGGUCUCCAGAGGUGAUGGCCCUGCUAGAGGAGGUGCUGAUGUCACAUGAAGAUGAAAUGGAGACGGAAGACCCGAGCCUUGCACAGGAUACUGUGAAUCCAUCCGCCCCCAAGUCCCUUACCCCCACAGAGGCGACUCCUGCAGAGCUGUCGGCUGCACCCCAGAGCUCCUCCUCGGACCCUCCGUGUUCAAACGGACCACAGGAAUGCAACGGAGAAGUCCUGGAGGACCUGGAUCCUUCGUCUCCUGAGCUGGAGGUAUGCGAGCUGGUCGAGGAGCAGCCCCAGGCAGGCCUGUCUGCGUCCAGUACUGGUUGCGGUGGUCUGGAAUUAAGUCUGACCACUGGACCUCUAGCCCCAACUCCAGGCACUGUGUGCUCACUCAGGGAUGGGGAAUCUAGCAGCAGGGAGCUGGAGGAGGGGGAGGUGUUGCUCCUCAGUGUGGAGGAGGUGUUACAGACUUUGGAUCCCCUUCAACCGGGCCGAGAAUCUCCGUAUUCGCAGCCGGAACGCACGCACACGCACACGCACACACCCACGGACAGAGCGCACGCUCCCAUGUACAUCCAGCUCGACGCCGCUCACAACUACACGCAGAUCCAAACGGACAGGACUAACGCGGCGCCGAGUCACGGCGCUCACAUACACGCGUCGUCCUUUGACGCUCCGCCCGCCUCCAAGCCCCCGCCGGUCCGCCUUAAACGAAAGCGCUCUCGUUCCGAGAGCGACCGGGAGAAGGUGAAGCCCCUCCCCAUCGCCUCCAUCCUCCAGGGCCCUCCCUCCCAUCUACACACUCCCAACCCUUCUCAGACUCUGUACAUGCAGCCGCCCACGCCCUCCUUAACCGCGCCGGCGCACACGUACUCGGCCCUCCCCAACGGGGCGCCCCCCAAGCUCAGUCGGCCGGCGCCGAACCACAACAAAGGCGCCAGGAAGCACGCGGACGCGGGCCUCAAGAAGCCCCACGCGAAGGCGCGCGGCGGCGGAGGCUCCAAGACCAAGGACGGGGGCAAGGACCAGCGGUUGAUGGCGGGCUGCCUCGUGCCCCCGGCGCCCGUCAGGCCCACGUACAAGAAGCCCGCCGAGAAGAAGGGCUGCAAGUGUGGCAGGGCCACCCAGAAUCCAUCUGUGCUGACAUGCAGGGGCCAACGCUGCCCCUGUUACUCCAACCGGAAGGCAUGUCUGGAUUGCAUCUGUCGAGGAUGCCAGAACUCCUACAUGGCGAACGGCGAGAAGAAGCUCGAGGCCUUCGCCGUGCCGGAGAAAGCCUUGGAGCAGACGCGGCUCACGCUCGGCAUCAACCUCACCAGCAUCACGGCGGCCGCCGCGCUCCGCAACCCGGCGACCACCAGCAUCCGCACGAACACCCUCCUCAACGUCGCCACGGCGACCGGGACCCCCGUCACCACAACCUUUCUGUCCCCCGGCUCCCCGCAAGAGCCCAACUACGAGGACAGCCUGGAGCUGCUGAUUGGCUGAGAGGCCGGAGGGGAACACCCCCCCCCCCCACUCGCCAUCCGAAGAAGAAAAAAACCCGGACAGCGCGACGCUGAUUUGAAUGUGACGGCAGAUCGUCGUAUCUGUCAGACAACCCGUACCUCCCCGAUACCAGAGGGGAGGCAAUAAGGCAGCUAUGGGUCUGUCCUGUUCUGUGACCUGCUCUCCUUCUGUGUUGGAUAAUGCCGAGUCGUAAGACGAGCAUGGGUGUGCCAAAGCCUCCUGUAUUGUGCCUGUGUGCGCUGUGUGUCGCCCGUCUGUAGUUUAACACUUACGCUCAGUUCCAAGACUGGUGUGUUCUCCAGAGGUGCUUCUCUCCUUUCAUAGACCACAGACAUACUAUUAGAGGCAAUAGGAACCCAUACCAGAGUGAGUGUGUGUGUGAGUGAGUGUGUGUGUGUCUGUUUGUGGGGUUGUCGGUGCAUAUCUGAACAAGAACUGCAUCGUCAUCCUCGUAUCUCGUCACCUGUCGCGGCGUCCUCCGUGUUUUGAGUAUUACUCCGCGUCGUAUUUAAGAAGAUGAUGGGACGGCCCGUAUGAUUAACCCCUCAGUGGUGAACGGAUCUUGUGACUAAUCGACGGAGAAGUUCUGUCCCACGAGACGCCACGCCUUCUUCUCAUUAACUCGCUCAAUCCGGGUACUGUUUGGCCGAUAAUGAAUUUGUCUUAAUGAACUUGACCGAUGCAGGCGUUGUACAGGCAGCAAGAUAAUGUCAGAGCACUUGGCUGGCUCCAGUUUAUGUGCGCGUGUGUGUGUGAGUCUGUAUGUGUGUGUGUGUGUGUGCCUGCUGAGAUUGACUGAAAUUCAGCGGUGGGGGGGCGGAUGGUGGGUUGCAAGCACUUAGACUGAUUGGCCAAAUCACAAAGUAAAAAAAACACCCAUUCUUGGUUACCAUAGCAAUAGGAGCACCAACAAGGAGCCUCCCAGCUCUCGCGCACACAAACGCAGUUGUUUACAGUAUUUAACAUUUAUACAGACGAUAACCGACUGUCUCCUGAAAAAUAUGACACCCGUUAUGAUUUGAUUAUGGGAUUGUGUGUGUUUAGAUAAACUGAAGCCAGAUUGUCAAAAUAUCCUCUUUGUGUGCAUUACCACCACCCCCACCCGCAGUUGUAGUGUCCCGACUGAUUGGAGACCGACUCGGAGACUAUUUUUGAUACCAAGUGUUUGGGAUUUGGUACCACUGUCUUUAUUUGUGUUUUAGUUAAAGCACCUUGAAGCCCUCCUAUAACUCGAGCGGCUGUGUAUUGUCUGUGUUUGUGUUUACUGUAACUACAACAUGUUUGUCAGUCCCAGUCACGGUGACCAAAAAGAGACUGAAAGGAGAGGGAGAGAGGGAGGACUCAGGCGGACCAAACCAACACCUUGGUUCUCAACUCAUAGACCAGGAAGUAGCCGAUGGAUUACAGUGUGAUCAGCGAACAUGAUCUAUCUUCCUGCGUGUGUGUUUCAAGAUGUAUUUCUUUUGGGCAUUACUUGAACCCUGAUUAGUUUUGGGUAUUUCUUUUUUUUUUUUUGUACAAAAAAAACUCGUUUGAGGAGUGACUCUUAUUAUUGCUGAAACAUUCACUGCCAUAAUAUGGAAACAUGUAAUACAUGAAUUAAAUGAUAGUUUUUUACUUUUUCA